GAGCAGAUGAUGUAGAACCAGAAACGAGGUUUUGGAAUGAUUCAACAAUGUUAGAUUGGUGGGAUUUGGAUCAAUUGGUAGAUCUUAAACCUUAUUAUUUCAAACCGUUACCGGAAAAUACCCAUACCAUAGUGCUUGCAUUGUCUUGUACUGACGAUGAUGGCGAA